AUGGCCCUGGGAGCAGACUUGAGUGAAACGCUAGUCGAGAAGCCUGGACAUAUGAAUUUAGAGAUGUCCACCCUGGCUCCUUCCAAGAGAAAGCAGCCCCUAAACAAGAAGGCAGAAGACAAACAGCCCUCUGAGAGUCGGGGUAACAAUGGCAGGAGUUCCAAGUCCUCUCCCAUGGGCAAAGAGAACACCUGGCCAAGUCGGGAGGCUAAGGUCUCCAGCCAGAAGCGAUCUGGGCAAAGCUGGGCUGUCUCCUCCUGCGGACCCCACAAGAGAAGCAGCAAGCUGGAGGAGAAGAGGAGGAACAGACCAUCUCUCUCCAGAGAGAGAGGAAGGGACAAGCUGGGGUCCACCCACAAAAGAGACUCCUCGCACACAAAACUGCAUGUAAAGGACCGAAGGUCCCAGCCAAGAUCUCCUGUGAGGACUCUGAAGCGCAGUCACUCUGGAGACAGCCGAGGUGCCCCGAACAACUCUGCCAAGAGGCGCAGACAGAUUUCUCCUCCAGAAGCCAGCUCAUUACCAACAUUCUCGCUGCUCAUGUCCAGAGUCUUCACCAACGUGGAUGCCUUGCAGGUGACCCUGGACGACCUGCAAGCCCCCGGAGGUGCCUUCCUGCGUGUGCCCUCAAGCAGCACGGAGCCCAGUGUCUCGCAGCGGGCCUGGCUCACUUGGCAACUGUCCCAUGCAGGAGCCGCACUGCACUGGGCGCUUCACACAGUCAAUUCCAUCUUGACUGCACAGGCCAGCCUGCCCAGAUACACCUGGCCCCAAGGCUAUUCCUUCACUGCUGACCCUAGACCCGUGCCCACCUCCAAGAUCCAGGCCAGCCAACUGGUUCAGAGACCGGGCGACUUGGCAUCUCCCAACCCUUCAGUGGAUACAAGAAGCAUCCUGGGCUGAGCACAGCAGGCCAGAGAGACCAGAAGGCAGGCUUUGAGUCCAGUGAGCACCAAACUAUCUACAGACUCCAGAGGCACUCAACGUCAGAGCCC